AUGGCCAGAGCAUCUACUGUGGAAGAAUUUAAUCACUACAUAAAAGAAGUGAAAAGAAUUUAUAAGAGAGUGAAGGAUUACUUGUUUGAUAUCGGAUAUCAGAAAUGGGCAAGAGCACAUUCUACUGUAAAUAGAACAAUGAUAAUGACCUUUAAUAUUGCCGAGUCAGUAAAUUCAGCAAUCAAAGAGGAAAGAGAUCUUCCGAAGCAUAUAAUGUUCCAAUGUCUUUUGUUUGUUAAGAGUUCCCCAACUGCUGCCAGAGAUAUCAAGUCGAGCAAUAUACUCCUAGGUAGGAACUUCAAACCACAAGUCUCUGACUUUGUCCUGGCUCAAAUAAUUAGUAUUUGUGAAAGCUAUGUUAGCACAAUCCUUGCUGGUAAAUUUGGGUUUAUAUCACCUGAGUAUGGACAAAUCAUGAUAACUGAAACCAAGGGUGAAAUCUAUAGCUUUGGAGUGGUAAUGUUGGAACUGGUGACAGGAAGGGCACCAACAGGACAAGCUGAUGUCGAAAGGGACAAUCUUAUUGGCUGGGUAAAAUGGAUGGUUGCAAAUGGCAAGGAGAUUUAA